AGUGGGUGUGGUUUUUAAAAGAUGGCGACUGCUGCAACGACACAACAUGCACAAGAAGAACCUUUGUCUCCCCUCGCUACGAAACUAAGUCAACCGCCCUAUCAACUGCACGAGGCUGUCUUCAAAGGUGACGCCGAGACAGUAAAGACAUUACUAGAGGAAGACAAGAGCGUAGUAAACGUUCCUGACUGCCAUGGUAACACUCCACUUCAUUUAGCAGUGAUGCUAGGGAAUGAAGCCAUUAUCAAACUACUGGUGAGUUAUAAUGCUAGUGCAAGGUCUAAGAACUCACUCGGCUGGACACCAUUGAAUGAAUCAGUUAGCUAUGGGGACAGAACUAUAAGUAUGUACAAUGUAGUGUACUUUCAUAUCAUGUAAAAGAGGCCGUGUAAU